AGCCUGACACGUUGGAGAGCGGUGGGAGAGUGACCCUGUGACAUGGCCAUGGAGCGCUCUGAAGAGCCGAUGGGCAUCGAAAAGAUCAAGGUCCUGGCGUAUUCGAUCCCCAUGAUGGGCCACCUCACCCCACUGCUGCACCUGAGCAAAGCCUUGGCGGCACGGGGCCACGACGUGCUGGUGGUCAGCUCGGAGUUUCUGGAGGUCCAAGACAAGUUGGAGGCGAUGAACGUGAGGUGGCGCGGCCUGAAAGAUGGCGAAAAGCCGGUGGUUGAGGUAGGGAACGGGGUGAACUUCCUGGAGGACCCAAAUGGCCCGCACUUCCAGAGAUAUAUGGAUCUGCACAUGAGCCUCGUGUCCAGCGUCUUGGACGAGGAGAAGCCAGACGUCAUUUUGGCGGACUACGUGGGGGGCGCCGCGAUGCUUUGCGCCAGGGAGAAGGCCAUCCCUCUGGUGGUGAACGCGGCUCUGCCCACCACGCUGGUGGCCAGAAUGACCACCCUCUUGCGGAUUCCCUUGGUGAAGCGCUUUGUGACAUGGAUGCAGCCUGACGUGGAGCACCCCUUGACCUUCAUCAAGGAGGUUUCGGUGCCCGUGUGCCGAAACACCCUGACCAUCAUCAAUAGCUGCACGGCCCUGGACGGCUGUGGCAAGGUGCCUGCCAACUUCUUCCUCUCAGGACCCCUGGACGGCUUCGAAUCCAGAAGCCUCGACUCGAAUUCGGAGCUCAUGGCCUUCUUGGAGAAGGCGAAGCGCGCAGAGAAGCCAAUCUGCUACAUCACCACCGGGAGCCUCAUGCAGCUCACCGAAGAGCAAGUGCUAGCCCUCUACGAAGGCUUCGCUUCCCAGGAGGUUUGGGCGAUUUGGUCCUUGAAGAAGGACAAGCAGAGCUUCCUCCCGGAAGGCCCUGAGCGUGAGCGAUUCUUCGUGUCCGGCUGGAUGCCGCAGGCAGAGAUCAUGGACCUCAAGGAGCUGUCUAUGGUUCUGACGCACUGCGGCUGGGGGGGGUCACUGGAGUGCAUGAUGGCCGGGAAGCCGGUGAUUUGCUAUCCCGGCUUUGGUGACCAGAAUGCCAACGCUCAGAUGCUGCAGAAGCUGGGCGUUGGGGUGGGGCUGAACCCUUUCACCGCGACAGCUGCCGACGUUGGCGCUGCCGUGAAGCAGGUCGCGGAGAACCUGGCUCUCUACUCGACCACAGCGAGAGAGAUCUCCGAAGCGAUCCGCAAGAGCCCGGGCCCAGUGGCCACGGCAGAGCAAAUUGAGGCAGCAGCCAGACCGGGGCAGCUGGAGAAGAUGCUCGGGCACAAGCCGUACCACCUUCAGACGGAGACCUGCGUACUGAGCUGCCGCUAGACGGAUGGCCGUGUCCGAUUGGCCGCAUCGCAUCACAUGCAUCUCUGCAUAAAUUCCCGCUUAUGUCCACCUGGUACGUAGUGCCUGCAUCUAUGGGGACACUUCAAAUGGGUUCAAACAGG